AUGGAAGAAUUCGAUCGUUUAAGCAUACUUUUACAAAAAAGUGCAACAUUAAAAGAACACAUAACUACAUUUCGCGAAUUUAUUACAAAACUUGAUUCAAACAAUCCUGCUCAAAUCACUGAGUUACAAUUACGUUAUAAUACAGUUUAUUCAUCAUUUACUAAUAUUGAUGAUUUAUUUGAUGAAAUUCAAUUAAUUGAUUCAGAAACCAAUCAUAGUCAAGAAAAAAGAAUUACUCAAGAUUUAUAUUAUGAAACGUUUUCGAUUGCACAAAAUAGUUUUGCUUCCUACAUACAAUCAGCUAAUGUUGGUUUAAAUUCUACUUAUCAUAGAUCUGCUUUUUUAACUAAUGAAAAUGUCAAUGAAUCAAUUGCAUCCUCGACUCGUCGCAAAAUUAAAUUAUCUCAAGCAACUCUUCCAACAUUUAGUGGUAAAAUGGAAGAGUGGUUAUCAUUUAAAGACACAUUUGACACAAUGAUAAACAAACGCGAUGAUCUUAGCAAUAUUAAAAAGUUACAAUAUUUAAAAUCUGUUUUAAAAGAUGAAGCUUUGCGUAAUAUUCAAGUUUUUGCAAUAACAGAAGAUAAUUAUGAACGGCCUUGGAAACUUUUACAAAAAUCAUAUUAUGAAGACAAACGAAUUUUAAUUUCACGUCAUUUAAGUUUAUUAUUGCGUUUGCCUAUACAAGAAAAAGAAUCUUAUACUGGAUUAAUAUCACUCGCGGACGAAUCACAACAACACUUACAGUCAUUAGCUUCUUUAGGUGUUAAUGUCACUCAUGAAAUCGUCGUUGCUAUAAUUGAAGGAAAAUUACAUAAACUCACUUUAGAAAAAUGGGAAGAGACUAUUAAACGAGGGGAGUUUCCUAGUUUAGAAGAUCUCACUGAAUUUUUAUAUAGAACAGCUGCUCGUAUAUCUAAGAGAAAAAACAAUGACUCACAAAAUGAUAACAAUAAAGGAGUUUCUUCUGCCAAAAAACGUAAGACAGAUUUUAAAAGGCAAGCUCUUGUUACAACCACUACAAAAAAAUGUCCACUUUGCUCAGAAUCACAUUUAUUAUUUAAAUGUGGAAAAUUUUUAGCUUUAAAGAUUAAUGAACGUUUUAAAACAGUUAAAGAUUCUAAUUUAUGUGUCAAUUGUUUAAGAAAUCACAAAGUUAAAGAUUGCAAAUUCGGAGCUUGUAAAAAAUGUAAUAAAAAGCACAACACUUUGUUACAUUUUCCAAAGCAAAAUGAACAAACUGAUAAAACUGAACAAACUGAAUCAACAGAAAUUUGA